CACCUCAUCUAUGCCCACACAAUCCUUUUCUCACUUUUCACUCUCCCCACAGAGUUGACAUAUGUUCCCAUCAAACACACCCAUCUCUCAUUUAAAAACCCCACCACAUCCAAGCAUAAAAAAUGGACCUGCUAAACACCACUCUGGACCCCUUUCGUAACCAGGACAAUUUCUUAGAGUCCAUAAAAUUCGGCUCCUUCGAGUCCUUCGCCUCCUUCGAUGACGUAAUAAAAAUCGACUCUGAUUCCGAACAAUUGAGCGAAGAAGACAACCAAUUCGUGGUCAUUCACGAGGAUGAUGAUAACCACGUGACACAGGAUUUCACGGCCAAUUUUCAGUGUGAGGAGGAGGAGGAUGAGGAUUUGAUGGGUGGGGGUGGUGGGGUGGAGGUUCAGCAACAGCAACAACAGACCCUCAAGAUAAUCCGCUCCAAGAACUCUUACAUAAUUACCACGUCGGAGAACGCGAUGCUGAUCGAGGAGGAGGAAGACGACUCCUCCUCCUCGUCCUCCACCAGUGGGAAGUUUUACGAGAAAAAUGGGUUCCAAGAACUCAAGUUGUCAGACGAGGAAAAGCGCCUCCUCACCAAGGAAGGCAUCACCCUGCCGACGCACUACCCGCUCACGAAAUUCGAGGAGCGCGAGCUGAAGCGCAUCCGGCGCAAAAUCAGGAACAAAAUCUCCGCGCAGGACUCGCGCAAGAGGAAAAAGGAGUUUCUCGACAAGCUUCAACAGCGGGUCUCUGAAGUGGAAGAGGAGAAAUCGCUCUUGUCGAAAAAAGUGCGCACCCUGGAGUCCGCGAACACGAAGCUGAGUCAGCAAGUGAAGCGCUUGCAGCUCGCGCUCACGGCGCAGAAGCAGAAGCCGAAUCCAACCACCUCGACAACGACGCUGCUCGUGCUGAUCCUGUCCUUGGCCUUGGUCGUCUUGCCAACCACGUUCAACAACAAUUCCGUUGCUAAGAAGAAUAAAAUGAUGACCGAUGUUUCCAUGGCGGAGUUUAACAAUUCACAGGAUCAACAACAGGUUGUUGCUGCGGGGGGAUUUGCCCGCUCCCGAACGAUGCUCCCCCCCUCACCAAGCACCACCACCUCCCCCCCAACAUCAUUCCCGCAAAAGCGUGGUCGCUAUGACGACCAACAUGAAAUUGAUUCCUCGUUGCUAAGCAACGAAGAUGACGAGAUAAUUUCCAACAUGAUCAUGAUGAGUUCAUUGCGACGGAGGAAACGAUUAUUGUUGUCACAGCAACAACAAAACACAUUCCAAAAUGAACACAUUUUCGACAAUGUCGUCAAACUUGUGGAGGAUAAAAUUUAUGACUAAAAUUUUUCUUUGUAAAAAUGAAUAAAAAAUCGCUGCUAUGGAA